AAAGGAUAUUUUGCCAAAGUUAAAGGUUUUUGUAAAUCAAAUUCAUUUCAGCAUACUUCGUCAGCUCUUGUGAAAGAUUUAUUCGAAGAUCUCAAAGAUGGUGUCUUGUUGUGUCAUCUUAUCGAAGUUCUUACUGGUGAAGCACUACCGAUUAAUAAAGCAAGGAUAUCGAAAAGAGUGCACCAUAUCAGUAAUCUAACGACUGCAUUGGCAGCACUUCGUCGACGAGGUCUUGAUUUAGUGAAUAAUAAUCCAGCGGAUUUGGCUGACGGUAAUCCUCGAAUCAUUGAAACUAAUGCGCAGCUUUUACGAGAAUAUGGGUUUGAAUUAGAAAACUCAUCAUCUUCAUCACAAAUAUCUUCUUCAACUGUUAUAAUUAAUUCUUUAAAUGAUUCUUCAUCUUCUAAAAAUUUUUCUCAACGAACGAGAUUUGGUCUUAAAGUGCCGGUUGAAAGAGUUAUUUUGCGUUGGAUAAAUGCUCAACUAAAAGCUUAUGGGCUAAAUAUGACGGAUUUGGAUCGGUCGUGGAAAGACGGUAUUGCUUUUAAUGCUUUAGUUCAUCGAAUCAAACCAGAACUUGUUGACAUGGAUAGAGUAUCUCGUGGACAGCCAAAAGACAAUCUUGAACAGGCUUUUAACCUUGCUCGUGAUCAUUUAAAUAUUCGACCAUUGCUUGACGUGGAUGGUAUGUUAUGUGAAAAGCCAGAUAAACGAUCAGUAAUAGCCUAUAUAUCACAGUUUAUUCGAUCAUAUUCAAUGCAUCAACCGAUUGUGGCAACUCCAGUUAUGGACGAUCAUUCGCUUCUUCAGUGGAUAGAAGUAGCAUUAAUAACUAUGCAGGAAACGACUUCUGCGGCAAUCUUCGAUCGUUAUGAGUUAUAUUCUCGAAUGCGUAAAGAAUAUUUCGAAUAUCGUCAUGCAUAUCACAUUUUGCGGGAAAAAUCUGCAUCUCUACCUAUUGAUGAAUGGAAUCGAAUCGAAACGGGGUUGGUUUAUUAA